UACGUCAGCGAUCAGAUAGUUAACACCUCAAGCAAUACACAGUCUGUAGGAGAACAACUGAAAUCAGGACCAGAGAUGUACUAUCGCGGUUGGCUAGCUCUAUGGCUACUGGCUGCUAUAGUAGAUGGCCAAGAUGAUGACCCUUGCCAGGUGCAUAACCACGAGUUACUGGACGAUCCCUGGCGGUCCACCGCGAUCUCCGCUGGGACUGUUUAUGAAAAUGAUCUUCUAAUAAAUGAGGGAUGGUAUAGAUCGGUGUCGGGUGCUGGCGGGACCAUACCUCGAACAGCUCCAGGCUCCGGAAAAUGUGGAACACGAAAUCCGGUUUGGAUGGAUGACACUUUACCAACUAACGGAGAGACUAAAUCAGUGACGAUGUGUGCUGUUGGCGUUUUCUCACCUUGUUUCCCUACAUGGUCAACAGUCCGAGUAAAAAACUGCGGUUCCUUUUACGUCUACGAUCUGAAGAGAACCCCAGGAGACUAUGGAUAUUGCUUUGGAACUGAAACAAAGUGUCCAGAUGGUAAAUCAUCGGAAACAGGAUUCACACCGGGCUGUAUCAGUUUUGUAGACAUUCCAUACACUGUCACGAUAAUGCCUGGACUGGAAGAGAGAAUAGGACCAACUCUAACCUUCCCUAGUGUCAACGCAGUAAACACUGAAAUAAAAUUUGAACACAAUAUAACUUUCAAUUAUGACAACGAAACAGCUGAGCAGUAUUUAUACGACAUCAACUGGUACGUCAAUGAUAACCUCUUGACGAAUUGUUCCCAUGCACUGGUAGCAUACACGAACCUGUCGACCACUCGUUUGCUGGAGGAAUGCUGGAGAGAUACAUACAAACUGAAUUUCCUGGUAAGAUGUGAAGCUCGUCUGCGUGGUCUUAACGAGAGUUCCAUUGGCCCUUUUAGGUCAAGUGAGUCCUUUAAAGCUGGUUUUACGACGGAUCAGAAUUCCUAUACCGUAGCGGAAGGUUCCUCGAUCGACGUUUUAGUAACACUUACUGUCCCAUUAGGAUGUGUUUAUCCUCUCACUUUGACUAGAGAUCAAUGGCAUGAUCAUGCGGAAGAUAAUUGUAGAACAGAAAUGCGCAUCCAGACGCCAGAUCAGACGGACACUGUCCAAUGCUCAUCUGGAGGUGUUAGCAACGAACCAGUAACUUUUGGUGAUAAUAACUGCGGUGUUCGUAUAUCUCCUAACGAUUGGGCUACAACAAAGUCCCUGAAGGUAUACGGUGCAUCAGACAACUCAGUGAAUGUAGGAAGUCGUUCUUCAUAUAUACGUUUGAAGGUUUUCGACAGUGUCUUGUAUCACCCGGCUUGGGAAAGUGCUUCAAAACCAGACAUAUUGGUUGUGGUACAAGAUGCAGAUUCCAUCGUUCUGAAUAAUCAAUGCUAUAGCAAUAAUGACCCCCACAUGAGAACGUUUGAUGGACGACGAUGGGAAAAUCAAAGGCUUGGUGAAUAUGUGUUAUAUCACAACCCGCAGAAACUGUAUUGGGUUCACGCGAUGUAUCAGACAUGUUGGUUAAACCAUAUUGGACCCACAUGCAACUGUGGAGUGGCAGUUAGAAAUAACGAUGCUGUAUUCGUCGCAAACUUUUGCGAUGCAGAAAUUGGCUGGUUUACCAGUGGGACACAAUCCAAUCGAUAUGUAGAGCAGUCAUUCUGUGACGACACCAACAUGAUAAUUAACAAGAACGGUAACACUUAUACGAUAACACUUCCUACGGGAACACAGAUUUCGUUUAGUCACUACUUUUCAUCGUGGAACGAUAGAGUAUAUAUUAACGGUAUAUCUAUCAAGCCUUCUCUUGCUGAUUGGAAAACGUCGUCGGGAUUGUGUGGAUAUUUGGAUGGUAACCAAAACAACGACUUUAGAACUAAAAAUGGAGGGACGGCAAAUAACGAGGAAACAUUCGCACUUGAUUGGAAGAUAACUCAAAACAGCGAGAGUUUAUUUGGUGAUAUCAAUUUGCCAGAUGCAAGCAUAAAUUUGCCGCGAUAUUGUAAAUGUAGAUCGAACUCAACUUCAUAUUCAGAUUUCAACAAUACAAUAGAAUGCUCAAUCAAAACAGAAACGGCGUUGUGCUCAUAUACGGAUACUGGUAGCUUUUUUAAAACCUGUGAUGAACCAUCCAGAAGAAAGCGUUCAACUUCACAUCACAGGUAUAGACGAUCUUUAAGCAAGCAAGACAGCCCGUCGAAAUUCGAAAUCGUUUAUACAACUGAUGCUGAUGACGCACCUGUGCCUCCGACGUGGAGAAAUGGGUGGAAUGAAACUUUGGCUGAUGAAGCUUGCAAAACAUUUGUUCAGAAUCAGAACUUUUUAAAAAAGUGUGAAGAGGUGUUAGAGGCAACAGCCAAUGACAAUGACGAAGGUGUUCAAUCCUGUGUCAGCGAUAUCAAGCUAAUGGGAAACACCGAGUUUAUGCAGUCUACAGCUGAUAAUCUGGCCAGAGGUUGUCGAAUGACAGCACUUAAGCUAGAAAAUCUCACUCAGACAACAGCUGCUGAUGGUACAGCAGGUCAGACAGUGUUGGACGUUAUGUUGGAUCUCGACUGUAGCAAUAACUGUUCUGGAAACGGAAUAUGUCAACAAGGAAAAUGUCAGUGUUUUGGUGACUAUGAUGGGAGUGACUGUUCCGACAAACGGACAUUGCCUCCCGUUGUGUCGCCAAGGACAAACCCAGGACUGUGUAAACGGGAUGUGUAUGCUUGUGACACCUUCCAUAUCUCAGGAUCAAACUUUGCCCGAGACAAUAUGACGUGCAGGGCGUCCCAUUUUGCGAUCACAGGCAGCGGUUACAAUUUGACUUCAGCCAAUGAUACUUUCCCAGCCAAGUCCAUAGGGGGCGGGUUCGGCUGUACCUGUACACUAAGCGACGCAUUGAGGAGGAGAAAGCGUUCUACAGACCAGGAUGACUACCAGUACAGGAUAAAACGUUCCACAGACGAGGAACCUGUAGUGGCAGAGGGAUUUUUUCUGAGUGUGUCUAAUGAUGGAGUCGCGUUCAGUGCUGAUAUUGUCGUCAUUAUUUUCGACUCCUGGUGUCAGAAUUGUAAUACAACAACUAUCUCGUGCGUCGAAUUCACUUCUUGUAUUACUACGACGCCCUUACCAACAACAACUACUACUUUGCCUUCAACAAAUGCUACAACGUCAACGGAUACCACUACUGAGUCUACCACAACCACAACUGAUCCAACCACAACCACAACUGAGCCUACUAAAACCACAACUGAGCCAACUACAACCACAACUGAGCCAACAAACCACACCCACAACUGA